AUGAAAGGAACAUUUUUUACCGAUCCUGACGAGGAGAGAGCCGAUGAGAGGUCACAGCGCAACUCAUCAAUAAUGGAAAAAGGAGGCACAGUACAAGGCUUAUCUGGUACAGAGACUACCACGAGCUCUUUUAUGUCUAAAGGGUUUCAAACUGCAGCAAGUCCAUUUAGUUGGCAAAAUAACAAAACCAAAAUGAAUUCCAUAUUUAACCCUCUGGCUCAUGACACAUUAUUUAAGACUAGAACAGCAGAGAACAAUGCAUCUAAGAGUUCAGGAGAAUUUAAAAGUGAGACAUCCCCAACUAAAGAAAUGUCAGCUUCUGAUGGAAGCAGCUCUACAAAAACACUAACUAGGUCCCAAGUCACUAAAGAAAUGAACGCGAGAUCAUUCUAUGAAACUUUUAAAAUCCUCUCACUUCUUUUCUUUCUAAUGUUUGCUCCACUUAUCAUUAUGCUCUUUACAGAUAUUUCCUGUAUGGACUCUUCAAAUUACUGUAUUCCGCACUUCGAAAUGUACUUAGAUCAUAAGGGCAAAGAUGAAGUGAUAAACACCGACUUUUAUCACAAUAUAGCAAAAGGUCUUCAUAUUCUUUCAAGUCAAAUGGAAGAUGGUCCAUAUCCCGCUGAACAGUUCAUGGAUUCUAUUUCAGAAAUAUCCGACAAGGUAGAUGUCGUAUACAAAUUCAACUUGUUUGGUUAUUGCAGACAAGAAAAAGAAACUGAGAUAACUAGUUACGAUCAGCCUGAAUGGCUUGAGAUAUGUCAUAGUCUUUUUGGUGCAACCGAUCUCUCAAGUGUGUUAGUGAAAGAUAUCACUUUUCAAAUGGAAUAUGCACAGGAUGUUGAUGUUGAGGCUCUGGAAAAGAGGUCCAAUGAAAUGGUUUCUUUUUUCAAAUCUUUGCUUCUCAGAGCAUAUUCUUCUACCAAUCCUUUGGUGCGACAUGUGUCACUGGGGCUCUCGUUCAGUCUUAUGUUUGUAAUUCUCAAAAUUGUCCGAUUUUCUUUAAAUGCGGUGGCCCUACUAAUAGUCUUUCUUGCUAUUUUACAGAUAAAGCAGCGAGAGCAACAAUCAAAGACUAAUAUUAAAACUUUAUCCAUUGCUGCCUCCUGCUGCCUUAUUCUGUCAGCUGCAAUCGAAGUUCUGAGUUUAAUAUUCGAGCACGCUUAUCAUGAAGAACUGAAAGCAAUGCUAGAUCGGCUCGAUUACAACGUGAUCCAUCAUUUCAAUUACUUUACAUCGGGUACUGUAUUAAAAUUUAUUAGCCUCUCGUUUGAAGGCGUGAUUAUACUUGGAAUACUUCUUUUCAUAUCUGCAAAACCUUGGCUCACAAGAACUGCGUUGUUCCAGGUUUAG